AAAGAACAAAAGUGAUUAUGAUUCAUUUAUGUUAAUUUUAUAGUCAAUCAUCAUCAUUAGAAAAGAGAUGUGUGAGUGUGACCUAAAAAAGGUAAUGGCAAACAGAAAACCUUGGUACCAGAGAGCUAUGGCGGUCGCCAGAUUCGCAACGAAUUGGAGAACAAUCCCUAAAUCAUCACCACAACAACCAGAGAAUCUUCGUCCGUCUCGAAACCCUAGCGUCAACAACAAGUCAUCGAAUCAAAGCCAAAUUCAUCAUCAGCUGAGAAAAUGCUCGUCUUUGAAACUAGCUGCGAAUUCGUUCACUAGGGUUUGUCUCUGCGCUCCUAUCGGUCCAUACGACGACGUUUUCCGAAAUUACGUCCCGCCGAGAAGAAGUUCAAGCUAUCCUCCGUCGAAGCCUCUUCCUAUGGUGACGGAGACGGCGGUGGCGGCGGCGAGGAUGAGUGUGGAUUCAGGGAGGAGGAUAUUUAGAGGGAAGUCGUUGAGGGAGAACGCGUUGAUGAGGAGAUUCGUGGUGGCGGAAGAAGAAGCGAUGAUGGAGAAUAGAAAGAGAGAUCAAAUGGAGAUUGUGAGGAAGAGAAAUCAGAUGAGAAGGAAGAAGAAGCUUGGACCUAGUCCUCUUAGUCGUAUGGUUAUCGCUGAAGAUCAACAAGUUUGUCAUCUUUGAAACUUUUUCAUCAAGAACAGAGAAACAAAAAAACAUUGGAAAG